AUGGUCUCCCACCCUUCCGUUUUUUACCUUGAAGUGAAUCACCCAAUUCUAAUUCAUCCACAUGUUGAUCAUUUUGGCCAACAACAAACCCUUAUACUCUUACCAACACCCCAUCAAUUCCAUCAUUUAAUACCUUAUCAACAGAGUCAUCAAACCUGCACCGUAAUACACUAUCAUCACUUUGUUCAUUAUGGUCACUAUCAACAGGUAGGUCUCAAGUAUCUCAGGAAGACCCUCAAUUGGUUCAGUGGGUCAGAUUUCAAUUUGGACAGGUUGAACAUCAAUUUGGAGAGGUUGGACAUCAACUACUUCUAUUACAUCCGGUUGGGAAAUAAGGUAGACUACGUAUAUGUCUACCUUUAUAUUAGUCUUGUACAAAUUUAG